AUGGACACAAUAGAAAUCACCCAGCCUCUUGAGCUUCUUUCGACCACUUCUUCAUUUCUGAAUACUUUCUACAACACCAUCAUCUUCGACAUGGCUGGACCCAUGAACAACCCUGUCCCGGAGUUGAAAUUCGAGAUGAAGGCCCCCAUCCCCGUCGAAUCUAUCCCGGCUACACCGAGCAAGACGGGCAUCAAGCUUCGCAUCAACUUCAAGAACAGUACCAUCCGGGUCAUCAACCCCAAGAAGCGCGAUGCGGACGACCUGGAUGAGGAUACCCAAGACGGACUCGCCGCCUUCAAGGCCGCCGGCAUCAGUGCUGCCCGCAUCGAGGGCUAUACCAAGGAUGAGCUCGAUGUCGCUCUCACCCUGGCCAGCAUGAAGGAUGGCCCCCCUGCCCGAAAGAGGGUCAAAUCAACCCCCGCUCCCUCAAGCCAAAAGAUGAGAAUCCCGGACGCCGAGUCUGACGGCCGCGAUGCUACUGAAUCUGUCGGUGCUGGCGCCGACGGUAUCAUCCUCAAGGCAACCCAGGCUACGCGGAAACAGCGCAUCGUAGACCCCACGCAUCCAGCAGACGCUCUGAUGAUCCUAGCCACCAGCAAAGCCGGCUUCGACAUCUACGACUCCGACGCCGAGUCCGUCGCUGGCGACGUCUCCACCUCCGUCUCCACCAAGCCCGAGCUCUUCCGCAACGUAACCUGGGGCCCCGCCGCAAACGACACCUCCAACGACGCCGCCUUCCCCACGGAGCCCUCGUUCGACCAAUUCGUCCCCGGCCGCUGGGAGCGCCUCCCAGACGGCACCAUCCGCGACCAAAAGCACAAGCUCAUCGUGCGCCUCACCUCAAAGGACGGCCGCAAAAUGCUCUUCAAGAACCCGCCGCCCAAGGACUGGAACGACCAGAAGGCCAUCACAUGCCUCAACAAGCGCGUCAGCCAGCAGAUCCGGCGCAACACGGCCGUCCGCUUCCGUCUCGAGGUCGAGUCGUACGUGCAUGAAGAGCGCGUGUGGAUCAACGAGCAUCUUACCAACGGGAAGCCGGGGAAUGGAUGGAAGGCAUUUGUUGAGGAGUUCAACGAGCAGUUUGCGGGGGAGAUGCUGGAGGGGUGUGAGGGGGUGAGGCCGACGAGGACGCAUUCUAGCUUGACGAAGGAGGUUGAGCGCUUUGGGAAGGAGUUCUAUGCGCAGGGGAAGGUGCCUGUGCUCAAGGAGGGGAAGCAGGGGAAGAGCAAGGCGGAGUAG